UUUCUUUAGGGCAGUUAGUCAGGCCAUUAGUGGUACACAGAAGUACCAUGGGAAGUUAAGACCUGCUGCUGUGAAGCAUUUAGAAAGCAAUCCUGUGGCAUAUCAGAGUAUUCUGAGAAGUGAGUAUCCCUCCAUAUCAGAAUACAUCAAGAUGUCAAGGAUGCGCUAUGUUGGUACUUGGGCCACUGAGUUGGAGAUUCAAGCCACAGCUGAUUAUUUAGGUGUUAAUGUUUUCACCUAUUAUAAUGAUCACUGGCUUGAAUACAGUUGUAAGAGUAGUAGGUUGUCAAAUGAAGGUGUAUAUUUGCAUAAUGUUAAUGGUAACCAUUACGAGACAGUUGUCUGUGUUCAGCAGCCUCAAACACAGAACUGUUAUGGUUACUGUAAGGUUAACACACCUGUUUCUGGAGGCUAUAACUUUAGAGACCAAAGUAGAAUUGAGAGUAAUGUUUCUGUUCUGGGUAGCUUGAAUCAGAUUAGAUCUGAUGCAUGUGAUUAUUUGAGAAAGAAGAUUAACAUACAGCGUAAAAUGACCUAUCAACAAAAUGAUUUGCGUCGGAAAUAUAUGAGGGCAUUUGAAAAUAGGAAAUAUCAACAGAAUGCGUUGCAUAAGGAUAUGAAGAAGCAUGCAAGUGUUGGUAAAUACAAAGAGAAUCUUGCAUAUAAGAUAAGGGUUAAGGCCCUUAGUGUAAAGAAAUAUAAAGACAAUGUUGACCAUAGGAAAUGGGUAAAGGCAUUUAGUGUUCAUAAAUAUCAGCAUAAUGUAUUGCAUAAGUAAAUAUCGGUUAAAUAAACUGCACAGAGACGAUCUAAAGGCUGCAAGCAUCAGGAAAUAUCGUGAAAAUCCUGAUCAUAAGAGACGUGUUGCAGCUGAUGUUAAACUGAAGUGGCUCAUAAAGAAAGAGAAGACGGGGCAGUUUGAGUUUGUUAUGCAGCAGAUUUUAGACAAAGUGAAAGAAGGCCCAGAGUUUGUCUGUUCUGUAUGUUUUCGGCUCCUGUUUAGACACCAGGUGCUGCACUGUAAACAGGAAGACUACAGCAAGAGGGAGACAGUAGCCUCAAUAGCAGCAAACUGCAUAACAGAGGACUACUUGCACAAGUGUAAUGGAGACUGUGAUUUGCCAUAUCAGUUGUUGGACACAGCUCGAGGGAAGCUGUGGAUUUGUUAUAGUUGCCAUUACAAGAUUAAUAGAGGUGAGAUGCCACCAGAGUGUUGGUCAAAUAAUCUCACAGUUCAUCCCGUUGCUCCUGAAUUGGCAUGUUUGAAUAGUUUAGAGCAACAUUUGAUAACGUUGCACAUUCCAUUCAUGAAGAUGUUAGCUUUGCCUAAAGGGGGGCAAAAUGGAGUACAUGGUCCAGUGACCUGUGUUCCUGCUAACAUUGUAGAGACUAGUAACUUGUUGCCCCAUUCCAAUAUGGAGGGGUCUUUGUUGGCAGUUAAGUUAAAGCGUAAGUUGACCUAUAAAGGUCACUAUGAGUAUCAAUUUGUUGAUACUCUGCGCGUUAAACAGGCGUUGCACUAUUUAAAACAGACUAAUAGUUACUAUGGUGAUACUGAGGUUAAUGAGGCAUGGAUAAAUGACGUUUGUAGGGAACAGGAAGCUGAAGUUCCUGGAGAUGACAAUCCUGCAGACAGUGCUAAAACUGAUGCAAGUGCAGCCGAGGAUGAGCUUCUGCAUGACAGACAGCAACAUGGUAUGUUUCAGGACACGUCUCAUGCCUGUUGAUAUUGGUCAGGAGGUGCU